AUGGAAACCCUAGAAGAUCGAUCCAGGAAGGCAAAUAUUUCACUCCUAAGUGAAAUCAUCAAAGAGAUCCUCUCUAGACUCCCCGUUAAAUCCAUACUCCGAUUCAAAUCCGUCUCUAAACCAUGGCUCUCGUGCAUCUCGGAUCCAACAUUCACCAAACUCCACCUCACCCGCGCCUCCGCUGCCCAUCGUACCGCUUUAUUCAUCUCUGCUUACGACGAUUCCACCCGUAAACUACACCUUCUCUCCGCUCCUCAUGACGGUGGACCCGUCACUCAUCUCAUGACACUGGACAACGCUUGUUCUACUGAUUUCACUGAAGCCGAACAUUUGAAUGGGUUAGUAUUGUUUACUAGCAUGAAACCCUUUUCUGAUUACGAUCAUGCUCAGGUUUUCGUUAUUAACCCUAGCACGCAUAGUAUUUUUAAACUUUCUUAUCCGGAUUUUCUGAUAAAUGUAAAAGGAGUUGUGCGUUACUCAUUUGCUUUCAAUGAAUGCACCAAUGAACAUAAGAUUUUGAUGAUGAGGAUAUUUUUUGAACCUACAAUAACAGAGAUUAUGAUUUUCUCUUUGUCAAAUUAUUCUUGGAGAAAGAUCUCUCCGAUCGCUAUGGAUCAUCCUGUUGGUUGUUUACCGGGUCACUUGACACUCACAAGAGGUAGUGUUUGUGUGAAUAGUGUAAUAAAUUCAACGAUGUUAAGCUCAAGCUCGUUAAAUAUUUUGAGGUUUGACUUGCGGACAGAGAAGCUUUCAAUCUUCAGCACUCCUAUUGUGCCUAGAAAUCAAUGUAUCCUAAAAAUCAAUGGUUGUGUAGGAGUUGUUUGUCGUGAUCAUGUGGUGGAAAGCAACAAAAUGCAUAUCUGGAUAUUAUAUGACUUUGAAACUCGUGUUUGGGUACAAGAAUUCAUUACAUUCCCUGAGUCAUUGAUCAAAUUAACUGGCCCUAUCCUCUUCCCGUUAGAAGUUAAUAUGGACGAGAUCAUCUUUUACACGAGCAAGGUGGCUGGGAACGUGAUGAGCGUACCAAUCUAUAACUUGACGAAAAGAUGCUUUAAAUCAUUAGAGUUCACUCUGGGUCAUCAAUUUUCGUGCCCAAAAACCGUGAAGUUCAAUCAAAUCAAGUAUUAUGUUGAAAGCAUGGUGCCUUUAUAG